UCUGAGGGGGACAGCGGCCGCCAUUUUGUGCGGCGCCAGCGGAGGGCAGGAGGCCGGCGCGCGGCCGAGGCGGUGAGGGUCUCCCAGAGGCACCGCUCCCUUCCCCGGCCGUAACUUCCAGCAAAGAUGUCGGAGUAUAUCCGGGUGACAGAGGACGAGAACGAUGAGCCCAUCGAGAUCCCCUCAGAGGACGACGGCACCGUUCUGCUGUCCACAGUGACGGCCCAGUUCCCCGGGGCAUGUGGGCUGCGCUACAGGAACCCAGUGUCACAGUGCAUGAGGGGGGUCCGGCUGGUGGAAGGCAUUCUGCACGCCCCCGAGGCCGGUUGGGGAAACCUGGUCUAUGUGGUUAAUUAUCCCAAAGAUAACAAGAGAAAAAUGGAUGAAACAGAUGCAUCAUCAGCUGUCAAAGUGAAACGAGCAGUACAGAAGACUUCAGAUUUAAUAGUGUUGGGUCUUCCCUGGAAAACCACUGAACAAGACUUAAAAGAAUAUUUCAGUACAUUUGGAGAAGUUCUGAUGGUGCAGGUUAAGAAGGACAUUAAAACUGGCCACUCCAAAGGCUUUGGCUUUGUUCGGUUUACGGAUUAUGAAACCCAGGUGAAAGUCAUGUCUCAGCGGCACAUGAUAGAUGGAAGGUGGUGUGACUGUAAACUGCCCAAUUCUAAGCAAAGUCCCGACGAGCCCUUGCGCAGCAGGAAGGUGUUUGUUGGGCGCUGCACUGAGGACAUGACGGCAGAUGAACUCCGGCAGUUCUUUGCCCAGUAUGGGGAAGUGGUAGAUGUCUUCAUUCCUAAACCCUUCCGAGCUUUCGCUUUUGUUACGUUUGCAGAUGAUCAGGUUGCCCAGUCUCUUUGUGGAGAGGACUUGAUCAUUAAAGGAAUCAGCGUACAUAUAUCCAAUGCUGAACCUAAGCACAAUAGCAAUAGACAGUUAGAGAGAGGUGGAAGGUUUGGUGGUAAUCCAGGGGGCUUUGGGAACCAGGGGGGGUUUGGCAACAGCAGAGGAGGUGGGGGAGGCCUGGGUAACAACCAGGGCAGCAACAUGGGUGGAGGAAUGAACUUUGGGGCCUUUAGCAUCAACCCUGCCAUGAUGGCAGCGGCGCAGGCAGCGCUGCAGAGCAGCUGGGGCAUGAUGGGCAUGCUGGCCAGUCAGCAGAACCAGUCGGGGCCGUCGGGGAACAACCAGCCGCAAGGCAACAUGCAGCGGGAGCAGAACCAGGGCUUUAGUUCAGGCAGUAACUCCUAUGGUGGCUCCAACUCGGGGGCAGCCAUAGGCUGGGGCUCAGCCUCCAACGCAGGCUCCAGCAGCGGGUUUAACGGAGGCUUUGGCUCCAGCAUGGAUUCCAAGUCGUCAGGCUGGGGAAUGUAGACGCAGUGGGCUCUGAUACUGAGUCUAUGGUGGGAAAUGAAAUUUUUCUAACUCCUGGUAAGUAUCCUGUAAAUUACAUAUAUACUACAGUUUCCAAAUCCCUUUGUUCAGUGUGCACUAUAGUCAGCAGUAUUUUUGACAUUUUUCUUUUUUAAAAAAAAUAAGGAAGAUUUAAAAAAAAAAAUGAAAUAUAAAAGGAGUUUUAUAGGUUUUGUUACAUUUCUUGUUGGGAUACUGAAUGUUUGGAAGUGGACUGCUGUUUGCCCCCUAGGUGAACUAACACUACAGUCAAUAGGAAAGGUUUCUCUUGUAAUACUUUAUCCUUUGUUUCCUGGCUACCUGAAUUCUUUGCAUGUUCAAAAUGGAAACCAUUGGUCAGAAACAGCAUUCUCUCCCUCUUGUUUUUACUUUGAUCCCACCAUAAGACUCUCCAAGUGCCCCAGCUGGAGAACAUAGUGUCGUUUUUGUUCUGUUUGUGUUUUGGUUUGUUUUGUUUGUGUUUUUUUUUUAACACUGUCUCCCCUCCAUACUAAAGUACGAUAUGAAGGCUUCAUUUAAUCUCCGCAGUUCAUCUCAUUUCAAAUGUGUAUGGAAGAAGCACUUCAUUGAAAGCAGUGCUGUAAAUAUUCUGCCUUAGGAAUACUUCUGUCUACAUGCUUUCUCAUCCAAGAAUACUUCAUCACACCGCACAUGCUGCGUCUUAGACGGUGGGUGUUCCAUUUUUAUCCGCUACUCUUUAUUUCAUGGAGUCGUAUCAACGCUGUGAACGCAAGGCUGUGAGAUGGAACCAGAAGGCUGUUUGAACUUUUGAAACCUUGUGUGGGAUUGCUGGUGGUGCCGAGGCAUGAGAGGGCUGGUAUGUGCGAGGUAAAGGAGAGAGCGCAUGCAGAGACCUGGUGGUGCGUUCUGGGGUUUUAUUUUCCUUGGCGAGAUGUCUCUCAAUCCUGUGGCUUUGAUGCGAGAGUGUGGAGAGCAAUGAUAGCAAAUCAAGUACGAGUGUUUCUGGCAUUCGAAGGACAUCCAGAUGUGGAAGACUUUCAGUGGGUUUUAUACCUAGUUAACCGAUUAGUUGAAUGUGUUAUGUGAAAUGAAUCUUUGUAUUUUUUUUCCCUUAUGUCAACUGCUGUGAAUGCUGUAUGGUGUGUGUUUUUUUUCUGUUAAUGAUCUGUAAGUGUGGUAAUGUGAACUGAAGAUGAUGGGGUUGGUGAUGAGAACAUUGAGCUUGUGGUGUGCUUUGCAGUAGCUCUUGGAGCAGAGAUCACUAGCGAGCUCAGUGUUGCCUCUUCAGGGUGGAAGUUCCACUGUCUGUAAGAUAUCCAUAAGAAUGCUGUUUGCUGCAGUUUCGUGUUUGGAUGCUUUUUAUAAGAUUUGUCACUGUAGGAAAUUCUUAAAUAAAACUGGUUUAAGUAAUAUGUGUCUUUGUUUUGCAGCCCUGAAUGCAAAGAAUUCAUAGCAGUUAAUUAAUUUUUACCCUUUUGAGAGGAACUUCUGUAAAGCUUUUUGCAGUAACUGGUUUGUUUCAGAUAAGCAUGCUCUAAAAGGUGACAAGUCAAACGGAGCCACCGCUCAGCACGUGACCCCCCCACCUUUACCCCACUGUGUUUUUGCAGUGUUCAGUGACUCCCAUUUACCUAAAAUCCAGUUCCCACACCUAGAAUGGUAAGCAGCUCCCUCCAAAUUGCAUCUGCACUGAGGAACGUUACUUAUUCUUGUGGGAGUCAAGUUCCUCAUCCAGAAGCGGGUUGGGGGACACAAACAGUAUCAAGAUCUGUUGCUGCCCACAGCCUCCCCUCUGGGGAUGUGUGCUUUUAAUCUGUUUUUAGGCCAGUCCACCCACGGGAAGCAGGGUUCUGCAACACUUGUCAGCCCAGGAGAAGCUAUAAACUCAUGCUAAAGCUAGUCCCAGGAAAGACUUUUCAGCUGAAUAAAGCAUUAGUCAGUGUACAGAGACUCUGGUUGAAGUCUUAAUCUGGAAAACCUAAGUGUAUUGGAGGUGCUGAAGUGUCAGCUAACAGGCAGCUUUUAACAAAGCAGGAUGUUCCUGCAGAAACUCGUGGAAGAUUUAUUUCCACUGGCAGUAGGAGCUUGAGGAAUUGUGUAAUCUGUUUGAGCUCAAAACCCACCAAAGCACGAUGUAUGUUUUUUAUACACCAUACUAUGAGGUGCUAAAGUUGUGAUAUUUGGAUAUUUCCCAGUUUUAGCCCAUUAAACUUCACAAGUGUUAGCUUCACUUACUGCACGUUACACUGAGGUGUUUGUGAGCAGGGAGACCAUCCCAACAGCAGAUAAAACUGCGCUGCUGUGAGUUUUCAUUAACAAA